GCAGCGGGCGGGGUGGGGCGGCGCUGCCCGGCUGCCCCGGGGUGCCCGCGCCGGUGCCUGCUGCCGCCCGCGCCGCCCGCGCUGCCGGCGGGACGGGGCCGCGCUAAGGCGGGGGCCGCGCAGGCCGGGGAGCGCGGCGGGGCGGGCGCGGGGCGGCGCGGCGGCGCGGCGGCCGGCGCGGGUCGGCGGAGGCCGAGCAGGCGAACGCCGGAGCUGCUACAUCCGGGCGGCGCAGGCGGCACCUGCCGCGGCGGGGGCCUCGGUGACAUUGGGGCUCGGUGGUUGAAGGGGGAGGCAGCGCUGCGGAGCCUGCAGAGUGUGAUCUUCGCACGCACCCGCCGCCGCCGGACCGCCGCUACCCGGCACCACCGCCAUGGUGCUACGCGUUGUCUUAACCCACGCGAAGAAGCAUCCGGCCCUGAUCCCUCUGUUUGUGAUCAUUGGAGCUGGAGGUGUUGGUGCAAGCCUCUAUCUCAUGCGUUUGGCGAUGUUCAACCCUGAUGUCAGCUGGGACAAGAAAAAUAACCCAGAACCUUGGAACAAAAUGUCUCCCAGUGACCAGUACAAGUUGUACUCGGUUAAUAUGGACUACAGUAGACUCAAAAAGGACCGUCCUGACUUCUGAAAACACAGUCAUGUCCAUAAGCUCCACAGAAAGGUCUUCCGGCAGCCGUCCGCACAAGUGUCAUGCUUAGUCAUCCAGGAAAUAAUCAAAUUUACCUCACACAGCACUCGAUCAUGUGUUUGAAACUGUUUUGAUGAGGCUUAAUAAAAGUUUAAAACUUGAA